CGCUUAUCCGUCGCACGGCGUUUCUUAAGUCACCUGAUCUGUUCGGCCUUUACAUGGGCAUUUGCGGAGUAGUCGAUGCCUAAACACCCAGCUUCUCCUCAGUGUAUAUGAACGCAACCCUAACCUCUUCAACAUCAGCAUACUUAUCCUUCAUUGAAAAAUGUCUUCACACUCCCAAGCCAAACCCACCGUUGUGGUUGUUGGCGCUGGCGUCAUAGGAUUGACCUGUGCUCUUGAGAUCGCCAAUGCCAUCGGUUCUACCACACACAUCGCCGUCGUGGCAAGCCAUUUGCCCACCAAAGACUUGGGUAACCCUCACUACACUUCUCCUUGGGCUGGCGCGCACUUCCGCCCCUUCCCAAAUAUUCCUGGAAACGACUACCUGGAGUUCGAGUGGCCGCUCACGCGUGCGACCCAGGCCCGUUUCCGCCAUCUCGCCGAGCACCACCCAGAAUCUUCUGUUAAAUUCAUGCAGGGGGUUGAAAUCAUGGAAAAUCCUUUGCCUGAGUAUACCUCUCUCGGUCGCGGCUACACCGAAGAGCUUUCGAACUUUCGUGUUUUGAAAUCCGACACUGUUUCAUAUGACUACUCCAACAAGGAGAUUGCCAUUUCCAAGGAGGUUAUCGAGAGAGCCAGACUAGUCACCCUGUAUGAUACCUGGACGCUAAACUCCCCAAAAUACCUCCAAUAUCUCUACCAGGAGUUGGUUUUGCUCGGAGUCACUUUUGUGAGACAAACCUUGCUGUCAUUAUCCGCCGCUAGGGAACUCUUCCCAUAUGUGAAACACCUCGUGAACUGCUCCGGUAACGGUUUGCUCUAUAAUGGGGGGUUUGACCCGCUUUGCUACCCGAUCCGUGGCCAGACCUUGUUAUUGAGACCUACCGAGGAAGAGUUGAAGCCAUACGUAAACCAAACUAUUACCCACCAGUCGUGCGACGGCAAGUGGACAUUUAUCAUCCCAAGACCACUCAAUGGUGGCCUCAUUCUCGGAGGUACUAAGCAGGUGGAUGACAGCACUCCGAUACCGAAGAUGGGGGACACUGCCCAGCUCUUGCAAGGUGCGCAUGAUAUCUUUCCGUUGUUGAAGGCGACGGAGGCCCAGAUCGAGCGCAUCAACGUGGGAUUUAGACCUGCAAGAAAGACGGGGUUCAGGCUUGAAACGGAGGAGGAAGACGGGGUGACCGUAAUUCACGCCUAUGGUGCAGGCGGCAUGGGCUUUGAGUUGUCCUAUGGUGUUGCCGAAGAAGUAAGGCGCGUAUUGGUAAGAGAUUUCACGGUAACCAAGGCCAAGUUCUAGAUAAGCUGGUUUUUAUAUUAGCUCUACGGAGAUUGUAAGUUUAAGAAGGUUUAUGAAUGCUGAUGAAGUUGCCAUCCCUGCAGAUUUUUGUGUAAUGGAAUGACGCGUGAGGAGAAAUAAUUUGAUGAACAUUUCCCUAAAAUAAAUUUCUACGGCACAAUAGAAGCUAGAGA